GAACUGUUAGUUCUUCAGUAGCGCUUCGCCAUGGCAGCCAGUCGAGCGUUUAUUUUGAUUUUAUUUCUGAUUUACCAUUCCGCGAUCGGAUUGAAAUAUAAUACUAAACCCGAAAUUCUACGAUCACUGUUAUCUUCUGGAAAAACAGUUGAAAACAACACAUAUAUAUAUAAGACCAAAACAUUUGAAGUUCUUGUGGACCAUUUUAGCUUUAGCGUUACGGAUACAUUUAAGUUACGUUACCUUGUGAAUGAUACAUGGCAGAGGGGUAACAAUGCACCCAUUUUCUUUUAUACUGGAAACGAAGGUUUCAUCGAAACUUUUGCACAAAAUACGGGCUUGAUGUGGGAUAUUGCUCCACAAUUUGGCGCCUUACUUAUUUUUGCAGAGCAUCGUUAUUACGGAGAGUCAAUGCCUUUCGGUAAUAAAUCAUUCUCCGAUGCUAAACAUAUGGGAUAUUUAACAUCUCAGCAAGCUAUGGCCGAUUACAUUGAUUUAAUUAAUUAUUUAAGAUCUGAUACAAAAACGAAACACAGCCCAGUGAUUGUUUUUGGUGGUUCUUACGGUGGAAUGUUGAGUGCUUGGAUACGUAUGAAAUAUCCGCAUAUUGUCCAAGGAGCAAUCGCAGCCUCUGCACCUAUAUUACAAUUUUCGGGUGUCACUCCUUGUGAGGCUUUUGCACGUAUUGUCACUUCAGACUUCAGAGCAGCUCAUCAUGAAUGUUCAAACCUCAUACGAAAAUCAUGGUACACAAUUACAAACGUGACAUCGAGCGACGAGGGGAAAAAAUGGUUUAAAGAAAAUUGGAAGUUAUGCUCUCCAUUGGUGAAUGCGACUCACGUGAGAGCCUUGAAAAGCUGGCUUUCAGAUAUAUAUGGGAAUUUGGCUAUGGUCAAUUAUCCAUAUGAAGCGAAUUUCCUGGCUCCGUUGCCUGGAUAUCCUAUUACAGCUGUUUGUAAACAUCUCGUAGAACCGAAAUUAGAAGGAAAACCUCUUUUAUUGGCUUUGAAAAAAGCUAUCAAUGUCUAUACUAAUUUUACCGGUAAAACUGAAUGCUUAUCCAUUGAUAAUGCAGCGCCAAAUUUAGGUGAUAUUGGUUGGUCAUAUCAGGCAUGCACAGAAAUGGUUAUGCCAAUGUGUAAUGAUGGCAUCAAUGACAUGUUUGAACCUGAACCGUGGGAUUUUAAAGAAUAUAGCGAUCAAUGUUAUAAAGAUUAUAAUAUCAGACCUCGUCUGGAUUUAGCCUGCACAGAGUAUGGUUGCAAAGAUCUUUCUGCAGCCACGAACAUUGUUUUUAGUAAUGGUCUGCUGGAUCCUUGGUCGAGCGGCGGAGUGUUUAGAAAUCUUUCUUCAUCCACAUCUGUUAUAAUAAUACCGGAAGGUGCACACCAUCUUGAUUUAAGAGCAAGUAACCCUCGUGAUCCAGUCAGUGUUAUUAAUGCUCGAAAAUAUCAUCGAUCCGCCAUUAAGAAAUGGAUCAAGGAAUACCGUGAUAAGUUUGCAUGAUCUCAAUAUACGACUGUUUUUAUCAAUUAUUACUAUCGUUUUUAACUAUUUUUAUAUUAUAAUACUAUAACAUUGCUUGAUAAUUUGACUCGUACCAUUCAUGAAUAAACUGAAUUAUUAAUAUUU